AAAAAAGUUAUUUUUUAUCGAUGAAGAAAUGAGUGUCCAUCAAAUAAUAACAGGUGCUUUGAAUCGUGGUGAUAAUGUUUUUAGUAUUGGUGCUGUUGAUGGUGUCAAAUUUACGAAUAAUUUUGAUUUUGUCCGGUCCGCUUGCGCUGUAGGAACGGAUAUUGUCAUACUUUCCUCAUUGUUCGAGCGUGUUCAGGUUAUACCAGGUUCAUGUUAUGGUACCGAACAUCUCGUCUCAUGUAUUAAUUGUUGUGGUACUUCUGGGAAAAUUGCUGCUGUUUAUGAUAAGGUAAUACGAAUUUUCGAACCAGUUAAUCAGCCGUUUGAGAAAGCAAAACAAAAAUUCACUUAUCGCUGGUUUGAAACUGAAAAUUUAAUUGAACAUACAACAAUUAGUCACUUAUCAUGGAGUUUAGAAGGGUUAAGUCUUCUUGUAUGUUGCACUGAUGAACUGUUAUUGUAUCAUCAUCCUACUCUAAUUGCAAUUUUUAAUCAUAAAGGACUGGAAUCACCUGUAAAGUUCAGCAUUUUAGAUGAGGAAUUUAAUAAGCAAUCUAAUGAAGAAAACUUUUCUUGGGAAUGUGUAUGGUCGCAAAAACUAUCUUCUCCUUUGAAAUACUUGUCCUAUUGUCCCGAUGGUACAUUUUUUGCAACAUGUGGCGAACAUGAUUCUCUUGUGAAAAUAUGGUAUCUCAAUGGAGAAAAUAAGAACAAGGAAAACACUGCAUUACAACUGAAUUUUAUAUACUUACAACAUCCUAUGCCAGUAAGUGGUUUGGAAUGGCGAAAAACUACGGCAUACAUUUCACACAAUAGCAUCCGUAAUACAUUGUUAACAUGGUGUGAAGAUAAUACAGUUCGUUUAUGGAAGGAAAGUCCCAAUGUGGAUCUUGUUUUUCAUCAUCUUAAUGAGAUUAGUGAUGCUAUAAUGGGACAGAAAGCCAGUCAGCAUAAAAUGUCUAAAAAAAGCAAGUUACGUGAUACUCAAAAUCGGAUUAAAGAUAAAAAGAAAAAGGAAAACGAUAUGACCGAUGCAAUGCCUCAUACGGAAUCUCAUCAAAGAAUUUCAAUUAAUGAUGUUUUUAAUGGAUUGUGCAAUAAAUUUGGUGUUAAUUUUCAUUUAUGCGCUACAAUUAAUGCUCAUAAUGAUUGUUUGCUAGUCCCAUCUAUGGAACAAGUUGUUAAUGGAUGCAAAACAUUUACAGUUCAUUGGCUUAAUAAUAAAGAUUUAGUUUUCAAUAAAGGAGUGGAAAAAUUAUUAACUGAACUGUUGCUUUAUGAACAGCAAUCGUUUUAUUAUUCUCCUUGCGAUAAUGGUGAUCACAUUGAUGAAGAAUAUGGCCGACAAAAAGUAUCUUAUGCAGCUUCUGUUUUGUUGGAGGAAACUUCAAAUAUGGCCGUAACAUCAAAUGUGCUGACUGAACAAGAUAGCAAAUCUGAGAGGCGUAGUUCACUGUCAUCAAAUUUUUCGGAAGAAGCAAUGUCUAAAAAUUCAGUUGAUACAAAAUUAGAAAUCCUUAAUAAAAACUGGAUUAAAUCAAAUGACGUACUUUUUGCAAUUCAUCCCGUUGAUGGCAGUUUACUUACUUGGUUUGUUUUUUUCCUAGUCAACGUCAAAUCUCCCCUGAAAUAUAGCAACAAAUUCAAAUCAGUACUAUUUUCUAUUUUGUUGGAAUUUUGGACCUAUUUUUUUACUUCUCUAAAUAGUAGUUUUUUCAACAUUCAUUCAUCCAUUUUUUUCAGGACAGUGGAAUUUUUAGAUGAUCUUUAUCUGCAGCCUGUGGUAAGCUUUACUUCUCGAUUUCCGAAUGCCUUCCCUGUUUCAGAUGCACAAUCUUUAAAUCCUUAUUUGAGCUCGUUCAGUCCUCACGAUCCAGUUUAUAUCAGUGUCAUUCAGAGGCAUUUGUCUGCUAAUGAUGAAUGGUAUGAUGAAUGGAAUGUUGUAGAUGCUAUAAGAAUUCUUGAACGACGGUCAUCUAAUUUGUUGUUUCUACUGACAAGUCAUGAAAAUGGUUCUCUUAAUCUUUGGCAUCUAUCUAUGGAUGAUAAUUCAAGUUUCAGUUCAAUUUUAAAUAUUUCUCAUGCUUCUAGAAUGUGUGGACAUCGUUUUCAGAUAUCGCAGAUUAUCGCGCACCCAAUUUUACCAUUGAUGUUGACAACAAGUCAUUUUAAUGGUUCAGAAAGGAGCAGUAGCGGUGAUGAAAGAUCUGAAUUAAUUUUUUGGCGAAUAAACCCCGUCGGACCUCUAUGCAAAAGUGGUGGACUUCGAGAGCUUGCACGAAUUACUAGUUUCCAGUCGUCUUUUACAUCAGUCGCGUGGGUUCCUGCAAUUGUACCAAGGUUUAAUAUACAUUAUUGUAUCAUAAUAAAUGAUUAUAAAAAGUAUUUAUUAAAUCCCAUCGGCAUUCUGUGUAGAAGUGGUUUAUUAAACAGUCAUUAUUUAACGGUAAUUUUUAGCUGGACGCUUGGAGGAGUUUGUAAUUCUCCAAGCACAUGUUUUGUUGCUAAUGAUGGUGGCUGUCUGAUACUUUAUCAGGCUGUUAUUGAUGCUGGUGGAUUAUUGGCCCAAAUAUAUGCUGCAAAAUUACAUAAUGUUCCUCUGUCAAGUGAUGUUUCAUCGGAUUUACCUAUAAAAGAAAAUGCUAAUGAAAAUAUCAAUGUGGUUUCAACACAGUCCUCCUCGAAACCAGGUUGUGUGAUAAAAUUAGCUGAAAUUAACGACUCGAAUCAUGAUGCUGCUAAUGUAAUCUUCGCGCAUGUUUAUAAUGAGCGGUUAAUGACAACAUCAUUUGGUCUAGAUGUACCAUUCAGAACUAAAAAAAUGAUGGAUCGAAAUCGAACUUCAGCAUUUUUGGAACAUUAUUACAUUGUAAUUAUUGAAAAAAUCAAUGAUAUGGAUAGUAUUCGUAUGUGGUCUCUUGCUAUAUCAUCCGAACUUCCUAAAGCUUCGAUGAAUCGAGAUGGAGCUCAUGUUACUUUAUCAGGAGUACAACUAAGUGUAAAAACGGAAAAAGUUUAUGAUCAAAGUUUACCUCUUCCAAAUGGUGUUAAGGUUGUGUCAGCUGUACCAGCAGCAGGUCAUUUAAGUUCAUCGAGCAUGUAUCCAACAUGUCAAGCACCUUAUGUUCUUUUAACUGCAUGUUCUGAUGAAAGGAUAAGAUUCUGGAGUUGUGAUAUAAAAACAGAUAAUUCAAAAUUAUUAUUUGAAUGGUCAAAUUGGGCAAUGGUUAGUGGGACAAUAGAAUCUGACCUGGAAAUGGAUGGUGAAAUCUUCAGUGUGUCCGCCGCACAUAGUGGACGCUUUGCUUGCGCAUAUUUGCCAGCUGGUACUGUUCACACUGGUACUUUUAAUGCAAAGUCUGUGAAAGUCGCUAUUUUUGAAUGUGAAUCAUCUGGUGGAGUUGAAUGGUUGUUAGAAGGCAAUCUUCGAAUUGAUCAUUCUGCUGAAAACAUGAAGAGAAGUCCAGUAUUACAUGGUGAAAUAACGCAUGAAAUAUCAGAAACGCAAGAAAAUGAUGUUUCCCGAUUUAUUAACAUGACACCAUCUUAUAACCAUAAACUUUUGCGGCGAAUAUCAUCUAAAUCUACCAUUGGUAUGCAAUCAUUGCUUAUUCUUUCAGCUCAUCCAACAUCGACAAUGAAGCGAGUCCUAAGUGAGAAUGCACUUCGUGCGAAGGAAUUUUCUGAUAACAUGUCUAUUAGCAGUCUUAUCCGAUUGGAUUGGGUAUCUACUGAAGAUGGCUCUCAUAUACUCACAGUGGCAGUUGGUUCUUCUAUAUAUUUCUAUGCUCAAGUAUCACAAGGAGCUGCGCAAACAAAUAUCUUAAUGAUGAAAGAACAUGAAACUCGUAGACGACCAACUCUUAGAAAAAUAUCAUCUUUAGCAAAUCGUCAAGAUCUAUCGUCACAUUUGACCCAUUGGUUAUGUAUUAGAUUUUUGGAAUUGCAAUCUGCAGAUGGGCUUCCACCACUUCCGACGUCUUUAAAAUGGGUCAGAGAUGGGCUGCUUGUUGUUGGAAUGCAGAGUGAAAUACGCUGCUAUAAUCAAUGGAAUUUACCCACAACGAAAAUGCAAAUGAAUUCUCAAAGGGAGACGUUAACGUCCAGGUAUAGGUAUAUGUAUAUAUACAUAUAUAUAUAUUUUUAUAAGGGUCCUCACCAUUACUGGUUAAAUUCGUUCCACUGGUUUGUCGCAUUGGUCAGUGUACUAAAGUAUCCCUUGGCAAUAGAAAUACAGGUGAGUGACCCGGAUUUUUGUGCAAGUUUAUUCCUGCGGGGAAUCGAACCUCAGCAUCGGCGCUUCCAAUUGAACAACAACCAUUCUAUCCCGAUGGUAAAAGGAGUAGCUUCUAUUAUUAUCAUAAUGGCAUUAGAUCGAGCGGCUUGA